ACGAAAAUGUCCAUAUUUGGUGAUAUAUUGCCGUUAAAUAAGAAGGAUGAUCAGGCCAGCCCAGCGUCUGGGGCUGGCCUGUCUCCUUACCUGAACUUCGAUCCACACUACAUCCCGAGAAUGCAACCAGAGUUCAUAUACCCUGAUGAUAGUCACAUGGCAACUACAGCACGAAGAUCUAACGUGGCCCUUCCCAUCAUAGGAAUGUCUUUCAUGACAGGUUCAGGUCUGGGUGGUGUGACUGGAUUGUACAAAGGCCUGCGGGCAACCACAUUAGCAGGACAAAUGGGCAAAGUUCGGAGGACACAGGUGAUCAACUAUGUUAUGAAACAAGGUACAACGACAGGCUGUACAUUGGGCAUGAUAGCGUCAUUCUACUCGUGCAUUGCGCUUGGCGUGACUUGGUUACGCGACAAAGAAGACACUACUAACACCUUUAUAGCUGCUGCCACUACAGGACUCAUUUACAAGAGCACUGCAGGUUUAAAGUCAAUGGGAUUAGGCGCCGUCUUGGGUCUCACAUUCGCCGGCAUGUAUACACUGAUCACAGAUAACGACAACAUAUGGAGCAAAGCACGGAUAUAACAGCUUGUUCCAACCGCCUAUUAGUUGUGUAAAUAAAUAGACUGUUACUUUAGUUUUUACGUUAAAUCAACCAAAGGGAUCUACAUAUUGGGAUUUACUCAUGCCAUAUCCUGUAUGUUAGAUAUGUGUAAUAGCUCAUUGUGGGAUUUUGCUGGAACUUUAUAAAACAUUCCUUUUAAAUAUAUUAAACAAAAUAUAUUAUAUAUUUUUAAGUGUUCAGUAAUUGUCUUUAUAUUAUGACAAAUUUUAUGAACACUUGGUUUAGAUUAUGUCGAAGGGCGUUUUUAAAUUAGACGUUUGUAGAAGUGC